CUUGUGACCCAGUACCCGAUGGCCGAAUCCGCGGAUGAUGCUGACAAACCGGUGGAGAAUCAUCCAUUAGCAGGCGAUACAAGUGCAUGGUCAAACAUCCAAAUACUCCUCCGGGACUUGAUCAUCUUCCGUUCUCCUCUCAAGGACAUUGAUGUUGCUCUUGAUUGUGGUGGCGCUGUUAAUGGGCCGAUCAUAAAAGGACUUCGACCUCUACAUUACGCUGUCUAUGACAACAAUGUUGAUUGUGCUGCACAUCUUUUAGAAAAGGGUGCAGAUAUUGAUAUAGCUGACGCCAUAGAUUACAGACCUGUCCACAUUGCAGCUAAACAUGGCAGCUUUGAGUGCCUGAAACUUUUGAUAGAACAAGGGGCGCAAUUGAAUUUCGUCAACGAUACUACUCAAUCUUUAGAUGCUCAGGCUUUGGGAUAUCUUAGCAUUGAACCAAUAAAUUUAGCAAUCUCGAACAAUCACAUCAACUGCACCAGGUUGUUGCUCGAGAAUGGUGUAUCCCCAAACAACAGAUACUUUCUAGGUAAUGAGAUAAACGUUAUUCCUCUGGAGAACCUCAAGUGUCUGGAACUGCUGUUGGAAUUUGGUGCAAAUCCUAACUCUCUCUCACGGAGCGGUUACACACCUUUGAUGACAGCAUGCAAAGAACAAAACCUGGACGCAGUGAAAACACUCCUCGAAUACAAGGCCGACAUUGAUUUCAAAUCACUGGCAAGAUUUGAUGAAAAGAGAGCAUUGUACUUUGCUAUUUUGGGAGGUAAUGUUGACCUAACCACUCUUUUAUUAGAACAUGGUGCUUACAAGCGGUGCAUCGGCAGAAACACCCACGCUCUGACUUUUGCCGUCUCCUGUGGUCUUCUGGAAAUAUGCAAACUGCUCCUGGCACACGGUGCCAAUGUAAAAGAGUGUAAUGAAGAUGGCCUGACCCCUCUCCUAGCUGCAUGCACAACGCACGACUGUCAGAAAGAGAUCAUUGCCUUACUCCUCCAGCACGGUGCUGAUCCCAAUGUCCAUUGUGAGCUUGCAGCCUAUGACUUGCCGUCCUUGACACCGCUGUAUGAAUACUUCGUCUACCAGAGAAAACCUUCAUUAGACAUUACUCAGCUGCUUCUAAGGUACGGCGCUCGGAUAUCCUUUAGACAAGCGACGAGGAACUGCUUGAUUAAGGAUCCAUUCGGAUUCCUGACACAUUUCCCAAAGUUACUAGAACGUGAAGAACUCUUAGAUCUGAUAUUGAGUGCCUCCGAAAGUUUCUCCCCAUCAGCUAUAAUAGUCUCUCCGGACUUAAAGGACGAAGAGAAGGGCAUUCUCCUCUCGCUUGCUGUACCAGUGAGGUUGAAACAUCUUGCAAGGUUGUCCAUACGAACCGCUACUGGUCUUGUCUUCCCAGAAAAGGUGGAGCGAUUACCAUUGCCGACCCUGCUGAAGUCCUACCUACUUUACGACGUUUAUUGAGGAUAACUUUAGGGUCAACAAGAUGCCUAUUCCACGGAUGUUCAGAAACGACAGUGUUGAUCCAGAGCUCACCAACUACAACCCACGCUUAGCUCAGAUCUUCGUCAUCAAAGAAGUUGCCUCAAAAUUCUUCAUUUGUGACAUCGAC